AUGCAGGAAAGACCUAGUAUGCCCGCCAGGGACUCGUCCGGCCGACACAUCUCUCUCUUGAACGAUGAUUCGAUACUGGCAAGCAGCCGUAUUCAUCGUCCAUCGCACGGGGCCCCGGAUUUGAUACGUUCGUCUUCAAGGGACUCGUUGCCCAGUAGUGCUGCUUCUCCUGCAACGCCAGACCUGACGCGUGCGGAUUCCUUCGACUCCCAUAGAACCUCCGAACCUCGUUCGCCCAUUACUCCAGACUCUCUCACCUCCGCCGCUGGACGACCUGAUUCAUUCACGAACAACGGAGGAGCGUAUAAAGAUUCAGUACAACCUUCAAAGUAUGAUCAAAGAAUGCAUCCUUUCGAUUAUAAUUCCCAGAGCCAGUACCAAAUGCCAUCCAGACCAUCAUAUCACGAACCUAGACAGUCUCCGUAUCCGCAUCCGCAUGCCUACGACGAUGAGCCUUAUCCAAAUCGCAGUGCUAAUGUCCCUAUUACGGAGAAGGGCCAAAAGAGAUACGUUUGCCGAUUUGCGAAUGAAUUCAAUUGCGACAAAACCUUUACAACAUCUGGGCACGCAUCACGCCACUCUAAAAUCCACACUGCCGAGAAAGCAGUGCCUUGCUCUUACAAUGGAUGCCCCAAAAAAUUUACUCGGUCUGAUAACAUGAAGCAACAUCUUGAGACGCACUUUAAAGAGCGAACUCGGUCCCCGAUAACAGGCAGGUCAGGCCCUCCAGUUCUCACGAAACCAGCAUGUAUCAAGAAAGUAGGCUACCGAAGCCGCAGCAGUUCCGUUUCGGAGCUAUCUCCUAUCAGCACCGGCAAUUUGGACCCUGCUUUGAGGUUACCCGUCCCUGCAUCUGCUAGUCACCCAUACGAUUUCAGUCCAAGUUUCGAGCACGCGUUGGAUUCGCCCUCUAGAAGCGGCUUGGACGCUCUUGCGAUGGCGGCAGCACAGGCUCCUCUACCCUAG